AUGAGCAAACAACAACCACCCACAUCCACGUCACGACCUUCCGCAAUCCUCACGCCCUCGUCAACCCCCUCCGACACCCCACAGCGGACCAGCUCCGUCUCCAUCAGCUCGUACCGCACCGACCUACAACCCAGCAUGGACGAGAAGUCCAAGGAACAGACCACCGUCCUCACCACCGACGGGACAGAGCCAGACGCUGCACUCGUUCCAGCCGAAGAGCCCACUACCAAGACAGUUUCGAAGAAGAAAUCCAAAUGCCGCAAGACCAAGCACAAGAAGAAGUCCAAGGCCGUCAAGAAGUCCCACAACAAGAAGGCGCCUCGAGGCGAUUCCGACUCCGACGACAGCGAGCAGGAGGUCUCGGACUCUGAUGACGACGAGUCGGACGAUACGUCGUCCGACGAGGAUCUGAAGAGGAGGAAGUCCAAGUCGAAGCAGUCGAGGAAGCUGAAGGAUCGGAGACGCCGCAAGAGCAAGAAGCACGACUCAGACACCGAGAGCUCAGACUCGGACAGCGAGGACAGUGAGCACAGCUCCGAGAGCGAAGCGCCUCGCAAGAGAAAGAAGAAGUCCAUCAAGAGAGCAAAGAAGGCGGUAGAGACAGAGACCGAGGACGACGCAACCGAUGCCGAAGACGACAAGGAUGUUACGACACUCGAGGCGCAGGUCCGAGAGCUGAUGGGUAGGAUCACCGAGCUCAAGACGACUCCUAGAUCUUCCAGGGCAAAGCGGAGACGUUCGAGUACCAAAUCUGCCAAGAGUGUCAAGAUCAAGUCCAAGAAGGCCGAUUCGCUAGAGUACAAGCGUGUCGAUCAGCUGUGGGAUUCCAACAUCCACAACUACAAGCUGAAGGAGAGCGCCGAAGAUGACGAAGGCGAAUUCGCAGAGUACGCUUUCCUCGUGCGGAGACGCUUCGACUGGGAGAACAAGUAUGACACCACCGUCAUCGACAUCAAGUCAAGACAGCUUCGCACGGUAUUACAGGAGAUCAUGAAGGACUGUAAGAGCGUCAGUCUCGAGGCUGAAGAGCCGACCAUCGAUCCGAACCUGCUCUUCUUGUAUCUGGAGGAGCUCAGAACCCAUUACAAGAAGACUCUGAAGACGCGCAUCAAGGCCGAGAAGAAGAAGAAGGCGACCAAGAAGCUGGAGCAGCAGAAGGCGCUCUGCAAGACACUGGUCAGUUACAUCGACGAUGACUACGCCGAGACGAAGAAGACUCUCUACCCUCUGCUUGAGGCUGGCAACAUCACGUUUGAUCUGCUCUGGGCACUCUUCAAGCCCAACGACAUUGCCAUCACGUCCUGCUACGGAUCGUGGGACGAGCCUCGUUGCUACAAGAUAGAGUAUGCCAUGAAGUAUCACACCAUGACCCGUGGUGAAUGGUAUUGCAUCGAGGGAAGAUAUCUCGAAUACGACGGCAAGGGCUUCGGAUAUGGUGACUUUGAAGUCGACGUCGAGGCGUUCAAGGGUCCACGCAAAAUCACGAGCCUUGCCUCCUAUCCCCUGCACUACCACAAGGACCCGGAAGGCAUCAAGAAGCAGAUCAUUGAGCGUGGUCAGCGGUUUGUCGCCAUGGAGGGCAUGGAGUACAAGUUCCACAACGGCCUGGCCUUCGCCAAGAAGAAGAAGCAAGUCCUCAAGAUCAACAUCAAUGGUCGUGUGAUGAUCGACCCCGCCACUUUCCGGAGAGUCAACGCGAACUACCCGAUCUCGCUGAUCAAGCCCAAGGACACUGAUGACCUCUUCAGUGAUUCAGAGGAAGACAAUGACUGCUCUUGCUGCGACCAGGACUCUGACAACGAAGACGCCCUGGGUGGGCAUGAAGAAAGGCUCGAGAACGAGGACUUUGCCGAUGGGAAGUCGCCAAAGUACAAGUACAAGUGGAUCGAAGACGACCGGGGCGACCCGCAUUUUGUGGCGGUUGAGGUGGACGAGAACGGCGAAGCUGUCCGGCCGGAACAACUCGACACGCUUGAGAACCCUGAGCUCAAGAAGCGUACCUACACCGAAGAGCAGCUGCUUCUCACUUCCCCCGUCGUCCUGGGCUUCGCGUUCUCCGAGAAGCUGUGGCUGGAGUUCUCGUUGUCAGGCGUUCGCGACAUCACUUACAACGACGAGGCAUUCGAUUCUCUGGUGCUCGAAGGCGACAAGAAGAGCACCGUCCGUGCUCUCGUCGAGUCGCAUCGCUUCCACGCGGCACGCACCAUCGACGAUGUCGUGCAGGGCAAGGGCAGAGGUCUUGUCUUCGUGCUGCAUGGUCCACCUGGCACUGGCAAGACGCUCACCGCAGAGGGUAUCUCGGAACUGCUGAGGUGUCCGCUAUACGUCGUCUCGGCCGGUGAGCUUGGCACAGACCCGGCUAGACUGGAGCAGGAACUUCAGAAGAUUCUCGACAUUGCUCACUCUUGGGGCGCACUGUUGCUGCUCGACGAGGCCGAUGUCUUCUUGGAGAAGCGUGAGGUGCACGACAUCCAUCGCAAUGCUCUCGUCUCCAUCUUCUUGCGUCUGCUGGAGUACUUCCAAGGCAUCCUCUUCCUCACCACGAACCGCGUCGAGACGUUCGAUGACGCCUUCCAGUCCCGUAUCCAAGUCGCGCUACGGUACGAGGAGCUCACGCCGAAGGCCAAGAAGGAAGUGUGGAAGAACUUCAUCGGCAUGGUCCGCAAGCAAGAAGGGGCCCAAGUCGCGGACUUGUCCGACGAAGACUACACCGUCCUCUCUCGCCAUCGCAUCAACGGCCGACAGAUCAAGAACAUGGUCCGCACGGCACAAGCCUUGGCGCUCAAUGAGGGCAAGAAGUUGACCAUGUCGCAUAUCCGGCGGGUCUUGGAUGUUGCGGAGAGCUUCGAUCGUGAUCUGAAGGGUGGAACGGGGUAUAUUGAUGCGAUGAGGAGCUACACGUGA